UCUGCCAUCCGGGCGACGAGAAACUUUGCUGCACGUGGAAACUGAAGGAGAAAAUUUGUUUUCUUUUCGAUACAAGUCAGCUAAUAUUAUUAUUUUUUUUCAUUUUUGUGGAUCUACAAAACAAGUGCUUUCCGCGAUGUUUCUGCAGUAUUACGUGGACGAGAAGGGGGACAGAGUCUACACUCUGAAGAAGAUAUGUCCUGACGGGCAGCCCACCAGCUCGGCCCAUCCAGCCCGCUUCUCCCCAGACGACAAGUUCUCCCGACAUCGGGUGAUGUUGAAGAAACGCUUCGGCAUUCUGCUCACCCAGCAGCCCAGACCUGUUCUGUGAGAGAGAGACAGAGAGAGAGAGAGAGGGCAGAGGUGAAAGCAGAAGGAGGGAGAGGUGGAUCGAUGGAGACCAAGAAUUGGAGGGGUGAAGGCGAAGAUAGGACUGCAAAGCAAAGAGCAGGAAAGCUCCAGGCCCAAAUCGAAGGGACUGUUAUUGCAUUGGAUAUCAGCUGUCAUUGAUUAUUUUUUUAUGUGCUGUAAUUUGUUGACAUUCAGUUUAGGUUAUUGUUAUGAUUUUGUUUUCAUGCUGAAUAAAUGUUCAGUUCAUAAACUCUA